AAGCUGAAGUCAGUCUGUGUGUGUUUAGGAGAGAGAAGCAUGGCACGAACCCUGUGCAUUGUUAUGUGUUCUCUUGGACUGAUGAAUUUGGCCACCUCUACGCUGGUUAAGCCAUACGCUGCUGGAUCUUCCCCUAUAGGCUCUACGCUGGAAGUUCAUGGCAUAUCAACAUUCUCUCAUGGGCUGCCUGGAAGUGAGGAAGCUACUGAUGGGAGAGAUGAUGUGCCUCACAGCCAUGUACAUAGACCAGAGAGCGAUCCAUCGAGCAGCAGGGGGGCACAUUCCCCACACUCAGAGCAGUCUAAGCCAAAGACAGGAAAGUGGUGUUCUUUUGUACGCAGUCGAAUAGUGACCUAUGUGGAUUUUUGCAAAACCGAGAAAUAUGUGAUAAGGUCCCAGCAGCCGUGUCCCUAUGGGACGCCUGAGUGUCAAAAGACUAUGUACCGACUUGCACAAAAACCAAUAUAUGAGGUAAAGAGGAAAUUUGUAACCAAUUUGGAAUGGAAAUGUUGUCCUGGGUAUACUGGCUCCAGUUGUGAAUAUGAUGAUCCCAAUGCUAUUCACAUUCCUCUGGAACAUACAUCAAGUUCUCAGAAAAAAGAAGAACCCACUCUGAACACAGAGGUGACUGAAAUUCUUAAAGAAGUUGAAAGCCAAGAACUCUUACUGGAAGAUAUACAAAAUGACAUUCAUCAGGCUACUAGCCAUCUUUUGGAUCUACAGAAUGCUCUUGGAAAUAAUGGCAGCAUUGAAUUAAAUGAGAGCAACAAUCAAUCAGAGAUAAAUGAUCGUCUUCUCAGAGAAGUGUUUCUGCCACAUGUGGAAAACUUCCUCAAGGCUCAUUUUAGCCCAGUAUGGAACAGUUUUAAUAAAAGUCUGCAAAAUCUGAACAGCAUGGUCAAGAACCUUUCAGACAAUGUUGAGUCCAACAGAAAGAGACUGGAUAUUUUCCUGGAGAACACUGUGCCAAAGAAAGACCUCUAUGAGCUAGGGACAAAAUUUGAGUCAAAAAUUCAGGAAAACGUUGACAAACUUGAGCAACUGAAACAAGGAAUAGACAACCACUUUCAAAAGCAGCAGGCCGUAAUCCACUAUAACUUCACUAUGGCUGACAUAGAUGCAAAAUUUAAGCGGAACCUGAAGACGCAACAGUUACAGUUUUCCCACUUGAACGUUAGCAUUGCUGAGCUCCGAAGAGGACAGGAACAAAUUCAAGAUGAUCUACUAGAUCUAACUCAAAAUAUCACAUUAUUGUGCUCGCCAAAAGAUGAUACAAUGUCAAUUACAAGUCACAAGAUUCAGAAUGAGACUCUGAUUAAAUAUCAUGAACAGAUUAAUGAUUUAUUGACAGAAACAGAUGUUGCUUUUGAAAAUAUAUCUACUCUGGAGAAAUGGAUUAAUGAACUUCGCACAGAUUUCAAAACGAAUUCUGACAAAGUCCAGAUUCAGUUUAUGGAGAAAAGCCUCAUUAUGGAAGAAAAUAAAGAUUUCAUCCAACGGCAGAUAACGGAACUCAAUUAUACCAUUGCCAGUAUACAAGAAAGCAAUGAUGAAUUAUUUAGGGAUUGUGAUUGUCACAAGAUGAAUUUGGAUAUUCUUGCUCUUGAGGAAAUACAAAGAAACUUCACUAAUCAAUUUAGAGAUGUUUUGUAUGGAAUAGAAGAUGUUAAGCAGAAGGAAGGAAGUUCAAAGACAUCACUACAAAAUUCUGUGGAAGACCUGUCAUUGGCCCUACAUCUUAAUCGUCAGUCUCUAACCUCUCAGCAAGAACAAGGUCGGAACUUAAUGCGGAUCACCUCCCAGUUGCAAUCCCAAACAAGAAAUUUCACAGACGAUGUUAAUUUUCUCAGGCUGGACAACGAUCAGAUCCAUAGACGCAUCAAACAUCUUGACAGUUCAUUCAGCUCUCUACUAGAAGAUGCAACAAGGCAUGAAAAAGUCCUAGAGGCCCUGCUUGGUGAAGAAGUUCUUGAUCUUUUCUUUGAAGAUAAUCCUGAAAUGUUUCAUAUGUCAAUAGUACAAAUAUAUGAUGCUCUCAACCUCACACUGGACAAGCUUGAAAAGCAGCAGCUAACUACAGACUCCCUCAUUGACAGGUUGCACUUUUUGGAGAUGCAGUCUCAGAACCAUAAUUCGCCAGAUUCUUCUACAAUCUUCAAUGUUGAGCAACAAACUGCUCCUUUUCAGCGUGGUAAUUUAGCCCAAAUGGAACCAAACCAUGAAGCACUAAGGGAUGCAGAUGAAUCUGAAUAUAAUGAUAUCAUGAUACUAAAAAGUGAAAUUGAGCAUCUUAGUGUAAAAGUUAAUCAUUUGGAGUCAUAUUUUGCAAAUGGACAUUCUUACAAUGACACAAUAAUGAAUACAUUCAAACCCCUCAACAUCUCUAUCGCAUCUAUGAAGUUAGAUAUUGCAAACUUAGGUGAGCUUUAUGGUAGACAUAUUGAAAUAUUCCACAAGAUCUUCGACAAUUACGAACCUUUAAUUUCCUCAAAUGUGACUCUAAACAUUGCACAGGUUCAGUCAUUGAUUGAUAAGAAAAUGAAAAAGAAACUGAGAGGAGACUUACAGAGUAGAAAACUCAGUAAAAAGCAGACAGAGGAACAAUGGCAAUCCGAUGAAACAGCAAUAUCAAAGAAAGAUUUCCCUGUUGCAUUCUCUGCUGGCUUUUCCAAGGGGGCAAAAGGAGCAAAAUUGAUAAGAUUCAGUGAUAUUAUUAUGAAUUACGGUAAUGCCUUUUCUCCUGAAGAUGGUCAGUUCAUCGCACCCUAUAGUGGAGUAUAUGCAUUUACAAUCACAGUGGAUUUUGGUGUCGGCAAUGCACUAGGACACCUGGUUUUUAAUGGAUGGCAAAAACUCGUUCUUCACAACAGCAGCACUCAGCCAGCAGAAAGCCUUAAGCACCAGUUUGCAUUGGUGGAACUGAAGAAGGGUGAGAGAGUUUGGUUUGAACUGUUGCAGGGGUCAAUCAAGGAAAACACACUCGGAACAACUCUGGCUGGUUAUCUGGUUUACAAAACGUGAGCUGAGUUUCACUAGACAUUACGGACAAAUGGUUGAUGGUCAGCUCACAGUACCAUUAAGUUCCAAGGGGAGCCCAUAGUUCUCUUACUGUAAGACAAUGCUGUUUUAUUUUCCUUCUCCCGUCUCACUAACAGGAUUCAAAUUAAUGUUUCUUCCUUUAAGCUAAUUUCAGUAUAUGACCUACGCAUACUGACCACAACCUCACUCUCCUCAUCUGGAGGGGAAAUCCCAAGAAACAGACAAGAACCACAUGGCACAUGAACUUAGACUGGCAAUGUACAUACACACACUUACACUCUAGUGUCAAAACUUUACAGUUAUAUGCAUUGUUAUCCCAAAACAUGUCACUCUCAUACCAGAUAUUUCACCCUACUGACCAGAAAGGAAAUCACAGUCACAAAGCUUUAAACCCAGUAGUAGUUAUCAAGAAAUGUGGUGCGCAUCCCAGCGUUCUGAAUGCCGGUGGUCAUAUGACUGAUGCCGGAAUUCAGACUUUUCAUGGAAUCCCGGAUUUGGAACACCAACCGUUGGCAUCCCGAAGGUAAGUAUUGGGUGAGGGUUAGGGUUAGGGCCCAAGAGGGAGUGGUUAGGGUUAGGCACUAGAGAAGAGGUUAGCCAUUGCACCCCCCCCCCCCUCGAGUCUUAGCCAUAGACGGCUGGUUAGGGUAGGUGGCAGGUAAGGGGUAAAUUAAUUACUUCAUCCCCUGUUGGCAUUGUAAAAGUCAGGAUGCCGCAGUUGGUCAUGUGACCGCCGGCAUCCCGUGCGCUGGCAUUUCAUAUCACACCCAUUAUCAAAGCCUGUAAUUCAGUAACAUGACCUUUGGUUACACAUAAGAAAAAUGCAGUAUCUAGUAUGGCCUUUAUAUUAUUUGUUAUGAAUUAAUAUUUUACCAGCAUAUAUGAUCACACAGGGGGAGAUGUAUCAAAGCUUGGAGAGAGAUACAGUACCAACCAAUCAGCUCCUGUCAUUUUUCAAACACAGUCUGUAAAGUGUCAGAAGCUGAUUGGCUGGUACUUUAGCUAUGUCCACGGUUUGAUACAUCUCUACCCCAAAACAUGCACAUUGAAAUGACCUGCUCUGUGCAAGGAAUCAAAAUGAAAAUAUUCUUUAGUUUGUAGCAGUAGCUGCACAGUGCAUAUUGAAAAAAAAAUUUUAUUGGAUCUCUCAUGUAAAAAAAUGUCAGGAGGAAAAUCUUAGGUCAUUUUUACUCACUCACUAUGGAUGCCAGAUCCACUAAAUCAAUUCUUACGGACAAUUUAAGGAACACUACUAAACUAUUAAAUGAGAAUGACAUGCAUAGUAUGGGAGCAGGCCAUAGUAAUUUUAGAUAUUUUAAGAAUGGUGUGCCAAAUUAUAGAAAAAUCCCUUAUGUGAAACAGAUUCAGGGGCGGAUUGGCCAUAGGGUUCACCAGGAAGAUUCCUGGUAGGCCGAUGUGUCUGUGGGGCAUGUUUUGUGUGUUGUCAUGGGGCCUCACCCCCCACACUACAGGCAGCCCACCGCACUCACUGCACUGUCCCAUUUCUUCUGCUAUACCUCUUGUGCUGCCCAUGUCGGCCACUUCUACAAAAUUUUCCAGGGCCACUUAUAGUUCCCAAUCAGCCCCUGGUCUACAGCAAAAGACCUAAAUGUAAAAUCAGGCAUUAUGAGGAGGGAUCUCACCCUCCUCAACAGACCCUACCCCCUCAUCAGACCACACCUCCAUUAGGGCUGCUUCAAUAAUUUUCCCGGGCUGGUUUUCAUCCCAUUUCGCCCCUUAACAGAUUCAGUAUUAAGCCCCAUUAUUACUACAUGUGUCACCCUCCUAAGUCGAUAUUCACCACAAAUCUAAGUCAACAAAGUAAAAUACUGAACUUUUACAUAGAGAAAGAGCAGUCAGUAAUUGUCAGCUGUUAUGACAGAAAUGUACAGUGAGCUGGACAGACAGACUGACAUUUUCAUUAGGAGGGCAUACAUUUAUAAGUUAUAAUAAAUAAAGUAGAAGUGAACUGUUGAACAGUUUAUUUCAUUAUAAAAAAAAUAGUUGAUAUAUUUUUUUAUUUUUAGGCAUUGUUUUGGUAUAAAUCAGUGACUUUGAAAGCUGAUGUUUUCCACAGGCAGUAAUACUGCAACAACGGAGCAUCAGAAAACACCAUUCUAAUAUAGUAUUUAAUAAAUCCAUUAUUGGAUAAAUGGGCAAAAAAAUGACAACAACACGUGUGAAAGAUAUAAUAUUGUUGAAGAUGCAGCAUGUUAUGUUUGUAGAUAAGCCCCAUUGCAAACUCAGUGGUUUACCUAUAAUAAGCAGAAGUGGCAAUUCAUAUAAGUGGCACUGGUAACUGUGUGCAGAGCAGAGUUACUACAGAACACACAGACCACACCACCACUUUCUACAGUUCUUGUAUAUACUCUCAUACUACUAUAUACAUUCUUCUGUUUUAUUAGGAUGUUAUUAAAUGUAUCAAAUAAUGUAGAACAAUGUUAAAAACAGUUUAAGCUGUACUACCAUGUACAGAUGUAUCCAUAUACACCUAUCUAUAUACACCUAUCCAUAUACACAUAUCCUCAAAUUGCACCAAAUAUCCCUAUUUGACACACCACGAACUUAGGGCCUGAUUCAGACCUGAUCGCUGCUGCGCAUUUUCGCACAGCAGGCGUUUAUCGAAUUACUGCAUAUGCACCUCAAUGCGCAGGCGCAUCACCAAACAGCAACAGGAUAGCGCAAAAAUUUCGAUCACACGGGCAUUCGCAAGGUGAUUAACAGGAAGAGGCAGGCGUUCCCAAGCAUUUUCAUGGCGGGUGUGUGACGUCAGCUCCGGCCCCGAUCAGCCUGAUUUCUUUGCACUGGAGGAGUAAGGAUUGAGCUACGCACAGACUGCACACACUGCACAGAAUGGGAAAAACAUUCGAUGGUGAGUGUGAUAUGAAUGGUUUUGCAGCUGUCCGCUGACUGAGGGGAAUUUUUGCACGGCGUACACAUGCAUUUGCACACUUGCACGGGGUGAAUUUUCACUCCCCCUGGGCGGCAGCAGGACAGUGUAAUUUGCAGCACUGCGAUAAGGUCUGAAUCGGGCCCUUAAUCUGCGACUUUAGCCCAAUUCCUUUGUGACAAAAAUACUAAUCCUAAGUGCCUAGGACACUGUUAGCAAUUUAGAAUAUUGCUAUAAUGUGAUUAAAAUGCUUAAUUUAGAAAACAGUGCGAAAGUCUGUACUAUCUUGCACAGCGGAAAGGUGUAUAAGGACACACCUGAGGUAGCAGGCGGCAAUGCCGCUGCUAAACACCUAUUAUUGGGUGGAAGUACAGCUGUAAAUUAGCCUAUCACUGGGAUGCUUCAUUUUAUUUCUCUUAUUUAUUACAUGUAGAUAGCAGUUGCUUAUGAUAUGCUAAAGUAAAAUGUUUAUUACUGUUCUAGGAUGUUUUUAUGUAUUGUUUAGUGACAUUUUAGAAUUACAAAAUAUUUGUAGAUAGAUGUACACAAUAGUGUAUUUGUUCUGCUUUUUGAAUCACUGUAUGGCUUCGGGACAUAUAGAAAGAUGUAUAUCAUUUGAAAAUAAAUAUAUGUGUGCUCUGGCAGCACUCCAUGAAAA